AUGGAGCACAUUAAACCUCAUUCGCUGUUUGCAAAGAACGCGCCUCGCGUCCGGACAGAUUAUUGGUCAGUAAAACUCAUGAAUAUCACUGAAAGCACGAGGAAGGUAUGCCCAUUGCAUGGCUUCCUCGCAUUGCUCAAGCGCUGCCCUCAGAGGGCGAAGUCGUCGCCAUGCGGGGCAAGGUUAGUUGAAGGUGAAGCCCACAGGAUGCUAGACUGUUCAUCAAUCCAAGGCAACUUCCGCACACUCCUAUCAGUCCUUCUGACCUGCGCGGCAACAGUCCAGUCGAUCUGCCAAUUCCCCGAGUUUUUAUUACUUUCAAGCACAAAUAUCUGGUGGUCCAGUCCGCUCACUCAUCGAACUUCCCAAUAUCACGCAGUCUCCUCCUCUUUCUUCGCCCAGCUCACAGUAAGGGGAGAUCUGCGCAAAAUGAUCCUCUCCUACCCCGUUGAGCCUUCACCACGGUCUACUCAAUACUUUCCCAAUCAAUAUUCCCUCCAUGACAAGGCGCUGAUGAAUAAAAAUUCUUCAACAUCUACAAUACAUGUCGAUCUGCGGUGCCAGCAUGUUGUCGACAAAGCCACGGAAACAUACGCGGCUGAACUUCUGACGCCAAAUUUCAGGUUCCUGUACAUAUGCAUGCGGUUCCAAAUUUUUGAUAGGAGUCCGCUCACGGAAGUCUUCGAGCUUAUUCAAGGGGAAGGCACAACAACCCCAUCCGACUGUGCAACUUCUGUAAAUAAUCCCCACCGCAGCCUGUGGAUACCAAAUUUGUCAAAGUACGUAUCAAGGUAUCGUCGGAGCAGGUGUCCAAUUGUUGGUGGUUUUCAAGCAAAAAACUUCAUUAAAAUGAAUUCCAAAUCACAAAUCUGCACCUCCUCUGUGUAUGCAACUGUUGACUCGGAGUGCAUUCGUGGUGAAGGAAUCGAAAUGCAUUUUAAUGAGCCCGGUUGCAAUCCCUUUGAGUCCACUUUGGUGACCAAAUUUAUGUGCUUUGUUCAAUGGGUCGAAAUGGGGAACGUCAAUACAAUUCUUUUUAAAGAAAAAAGUCCAACAGAAUACAUCGUGGCAAGUAUGUUCUACCAGGAGGCGCCAACACAGGUAGACACUGUGAACAAUGAAUAUGGUAGCUUUGCGAAGGUCUACAUAGGUCUGGGCAUUUUCCGGCCCACGGCUCAGAGUACAAAAGAUGGCGCUAACGUCGCAUAUCCGGCCUAUCUUUACGACCUCGAGCCUUUUGACAUGACUGCAAAGACGUCGCCAGCGGCUUUCUACGAGGUUCAAAUGAGGGGAGCUUUUGGAGUCUGCGAUGAUGAAUUGGAACAGUGUGAAAGAGGAUGCAACGCAGAUGCUCGAAAUCGUCUAUUUUGUAGACGAUCCUGUCCCUCAGCUCAAAGAGAAUGCAGCAUGACCCACAGCGAUUCGUGCGAGAUCAACGCCUCCUACCGGGGUUUUUGGCUCCUCAUCGACCCUCUCCCCAGUGCACCUGGGCAGAGUGAACCGCGUCCGCACUUGCGAAAGCUGAUUGACAUCUCAGAUAGAACCGUGACCUUUGCUAAUGUGUUAGGUGAUGAGACAUUCUACGAGUUCUCCUGCCUUCGGGAGGCGAGCGAAAUCGUUCCCGACUGGUACAUCCUCGAGGGCAGAGAGCUGCAGCCAGGGUGCCACCCAAGAGAUGUCUGCCUUGAGGUCUAUCAAAAUAGGCCAAUAUUUUCCAACGAGGCACCAAAUACAAAUACCCUGCUAUUUCGACUAUCCAAGAGUGAGAAGCAAGGUGUCGAUGUCUCAAGUUUGUGCACAUUCCCCGAUGAUUCGGGGAGCAUGAAGCAGCGGAGGCCUCAGAUUUUGGUUAGGCAAUUUAGACGUCAAGAUACUUUUGGGUCUCCUAAUGGAAGGAUUUUUAAUACAUCAAAAUGCGAAAUCUAUCAGAUCAAACUUCAAGGCUCUAUUAGACUUCGGGCACAAUUUUUCAGCAACUUGAUCACCGCUCAAGCAGCACGUCAAUUCAAUGCUUUUACGGCACAAGGCGGCGAAGAAAGAGAGGCUGGAAGUCACCUUGCGUGGAGUCGCACAGAUUCCACUUUCCUGCCCGAAAUGGUUUCCUGUGGAAUUGAGUUGUCCGACUUCAAUCCACGACUUGGAACAACGGGUGAAUUCGAUGGACUUUUGCGUUUAAAAUCUAGUUGCUCCGUUGAUCCUUUCUCGAAAUUUACAAACACUGGUAAGUUUACAUCCAAAUUGCUUCAUGGUUAUACCGUCCGAAAACGAAGUCUUUUUUAA